AUGUACGUCAUCCGCCUCACUCUUCGUGAAGGCAAGGGUCCAAUGCCUUUCUGGAUGCACUCUUUCUACCUCGCCCACGACUCCACAUGGUCCUACAUUCUCGGCAAAGCAGCAAUCCAGCACAACGAACAUUGGUUUCUCAGAGGAACAUCGACGGCACUGUCCGUGUGGACGACGCUGGAGAUGUGGACUAUCCACAGGGCCGUUACCAAGGAACGCGAAGCCAAUUUCGCUUCGGUGCUCGGGAGUAAUCCGAGCGUCUUCUCGGCGGUGGUCUACGCGCUGGCACUCCAGCUUGGCAUGUACACGGUCGUGCUGCUGGGCAUCGCGUUUAUGGGCGAGGGCUGCGUGAUGCAGUGGUUCUGCUUCACCAAUGUUCUCAUUGUCUUGGGGCCGACCCACCAGUACCUCAGAAACGGAUCGAGGCAUGGGCUUUCGCUUGGGUUCUGUUUGGUCAAUAUUAUUGGAACCAUUUGGACGUUUGCGCCGUUCAGUUUCUUCGUCUUGACGAUUCCAGAGGUAUUCGACAACACGCUGUAUUAUGUUGUGGGAUGCAUUCUCACGGUCUACUCGAUUGGGUGCUAUUUCGUGGUUUCGCAGUAUCCCGCCAAGACGGCGGACAUGAGCAAGCCUGGAAAGGGAGCUCCGAUUUGGUAA